AUGGACAAUUCCAAUGGUGACGUGAGGACAGCACAAGAUGUAAAAGAGAUCCCUUCCAAAGCCGAGACAGCUUCCUCCCAUACGAAUGGCGUCAACGGCGUCAACGGUGAAUCGCAUGAUCACGCAGACAACCAUAACCACCACCACGACCAUGACCAUCACGAUGACGCCAAUGCUGGUGCACUGUUUCAGGUCACCGUCAAGCUGCCGCACAAGCCUUACAAGCAGACAAUAACUGUUACGAGUCAAGAGCAGGUGCAGGAUGUCCGUCAGUCCAUCGUCGAGACCCCCGAUACCUUCCAGUACACCUGUUUCCAUCUCGAGCACAAUGGCCAGAAGAUCAAUGAUUUUGUCGAGCUGUCAGAAGUCAAAGACCUCAAGCCAGAUGACGAAAUUGUCCUGGUAGAAGAUCCCUAUACCGAGAAAGAGGCGAGGUUGCAUGUCGUCCGCAUACGGGAGCUCAUUGGCGCCACCGGAGACCGUUCCGAUCAGCUCCAUGGCAUCUGCGCCGGGUUGUCCCUGCACGACGACAAGUUUGGCUCGGGCCAUGCUCAAACCAAAAACACCGAGGACAAUCCUUUGGCAGGUUACGAGCUCGACGGAGGGGCGUCGCUGGAUGCGAUCUUACCGUCUCACCAGGACAUCUUGCCGAAGACAAUCAAGUCGCUCUCAGUCUCACAAUGGAACCCUCCACCAUAUCACCUCCGCCAGCGAGGUCACUUGCUCUAUCUACAGCUGACCACCAACGAAGGCGAGCAACACCAGAUUACCGGCACUGUCUCCGGCUUCUAUGUCAACAAGUCCUCUAGCAACAAAUUUGAUCCUUUCCCGAGGCCCCCUCCAAAGAAUCACAGCGCGCACUCUCUGCUGUCACUGAUAUCGGCUUUGUCGCCGUCUUUCAAUGAGACCUUUGUCGAACUUCAGAAGAUCAAUGGUAGUAAAGACCUUUUGACCACGUUCCCCUUUCAGAACGCGAUACCCGCAAAUCCCUGGAUCGUUCCCUCUUCCUAUGGACAGGGCACCCAACAUCAAGCAGAUCCCACAAGAGCCCAGGAGGCAUAUCUGAUGGGAGGAGCGGAUGGCGCGGAGAAUCUUCGGGAUUGGAAUGAAGAGUUUCAGACCACCCGUGAACUGCCCAAAGAGACCUUGCAAGACCGAGUGUUCCGCGAGCGAUUGACCUCCAAGCUGUUUGCCGACUAUAAUGAUGCCGCAGCAAGAGGUGCUGUGCUCGUUGCCCGGGGCGAAGUUGCACCGCUGAAUCCAACCGAAGGCCGAGACGCUCAGAUCUUCAUCUACAACAACAUAUUCUUCUCCUUUGGUGCUGACGGAGUGCAGACGUUCGCGAGCGAGGGCGGCGAUGAGGCUGCUCGAGUCGCCGUUGGGAAAGAUGUUGCAGGCGUCAAAGCCGUGAAUCAGCUUGAUAUCGAUGGCUUAUUCACUCCGGGUACGGUCUUGGGAUUUUCAAGCAGCGGGAACCCGGGGAACAUCAAAUCGACUACGGGGGUGUCGAGGGACGAGACACUGACCGAAAACGAGGCUUUUGUUCCGGUCUUCGAGAAGCUGUCGAAAGCACUACACGUCAAGAAGCAUCCUGUCUGGGACAAGGAAGGCGGCCGACACGAUCUGGAAGGCAGUGUUGAGACCAAAGGAUUACUGGGCACGGAUGGCCGAAAAUAUGUGCUUGAUCUUUACCGCAUCACUCCACUAGAUGUGGCUUGGGCGGAGGAAGUCGAAGCUGACACAGGGGACGAAAAGUAUCCACAUCGGAUGUCUGUCCUGCGACUUGAGCUGGUGGAAACGUACUGGCACAAGAAAAUGCAGGAGUAUGUCAAGGCCGAGGUCGACAAACGCCGCUCGAAGCAGAGCAAUGGACAUUCUGGAGAGCCCAAAAAUGGAGAGGAAGUGCAAACCCACGAUACCGCCCCUGAAGGGGAGAGCAAAGACAACGAGUCCGGCGAAGCUGAAGACGAACCUGCCAAAGAUGCUCCGGCGCUGGAGCAGGAACGGGUUGACAUUUCCAACUUUAACCUGGCGCUGAAUCCUGACGCAUGUAGUGGUCAGGUACCUCAGACGGAAGAAGAAAAGCAAGAAUACGUUGCCGAUGAGAAGGAAGUUCGUGCAGUAUGCGAGUUUCUCCGAAUGAACGUCAUUCCGGAUUUCAUCAACGAACUCCACGAUGGCAAUGUUGGCUUCCCGAUGGAUGGUUCAUCUCUGUGUCAGCUCAUCCACAAGCGUGGAAUCAACAUCCGGUAUUUGGGUCGACUUGCAAAAGCUGCUGAGGACAAGGGAGAACGUCUGCACGCCUUUUCGACGGUGGUGUUGCAGGAAAUGGUGGCUCGAGCAUUCAAACACAUCGCAAAUCGCUGUCUACGCCAUCUGCCUGUCAUCUUCGCCGGUACCUGCGUUGCACACCUGUUGAACUGCCUCUUGGGUGUUGAGGUCAAUUCGAACCCGCGUCCCGAAAUUGACGAAGACCUGCGAGCUCUCUACCCGGAUGGAGACUUUUCGUUUGAGGAGUUUAAUCCCACGAAACUAAAGGCGGCAAUCGAGAAACAGGUCGCACUCCGAUAUAGGUAUGCAUUGAAGGAGGAUUGGCCAACGUCAAUCCGUCCAUUACCAAUGCUUCGAGAAAUCUCGUUAAGACUUGGUUUUCAGCUGGUUGCGCGGGAAUACGUCUUCAGCAAAGGUGUGCAAAUGCUUGUGGAUCCAUCACCGGCUCGAAGUGGCAGUGACUCGCAUUCCAACAGUGGAGCCCAGGCGGAGGAGGGAGGCAAAAAGAAGAAGAAGAAGGGCGGCGAGCAAGCCCAACCAAACGGUGGGGUUGCCAGGCCAUCCACAACUUUCACUGCCGAUGACAUCCUCAAUAUUGUCCCCAUUGUCAAAGACGCUGCUCCAAGAAGUGCUUUGGCCGAAGAAGCUUUGGAAGCGGGCAAGCUUUCAUUGGCCCAGGGACAGAAGCAAAUGGGGCAAGAGCUUGUGCUCGAAUCCCUGUCACUGCACGAGCAAAUUUAUGGAAUCCUUCACCCUGAGGUAGCCAAGAUGUACAACUCACUGUCGACAAUCUACUAUCAGACAGACGAGAAAGACGCGGCCGUUGAGCUCGCGCGCAAAGCAGUGAUUGUCACUGAGCGGACAUUGGGUGUCGACUCGCACCACACGAUCCUGGCGUACCUCAAUCUCUCGCUUUUCGAGCAUCACACUGGCAACACGAGGCAAGCAUUGAAAUAUGUCAGACAUGCACUGGAUAUAUGGAGGAUCAUUUUCGGACCGAAUCACCCUGACUCCAUAACGACAAUGAACAAUGCGGCGGUUAUGCUCCAAUCCAUCAAGGAGUAUUCAGAGUCUCGCAAGUGGUUUGAAGCUUGCUUCACCAUCUGUGAGGGUCUGUUUGGACGGCAGUCCAUCAAUGCGGCUACCAUACUGUUCCAGUUGGCACAAGCCCUGGCUUUGGAUGGAGACCCGCAUGGCGCCGUCAAUAAGAUGCGAGACGCGUACAGCAUCUUCCUUGCAGAGCUCGGUGCAAACGAUCGCAACACCAAAGAAGCCGAGAGCUGGCUCGAACAAUUGACGCAGAAUGCAGUCUCGAUUGCCAAGCAGGCCAAAUUGCUGCAAAAUCGGCGUCUGGCAGGCAUCCGACAUCUUCCGAGAAUGGGGAUGGGCACGAGGCUCCAGCCACAAAACGCAAGCACGGCCGCCCCAAAUGCAAGCUCGAGGACGAGUACAGCGCAGCCAAGUGUCCGCACUGGAACAGGUGAUCCAGCUUUUGACACAAGAAGCAUUGACGAGCUUCUAAAAUAUAUUGAAGGCGGCGAGGCCAAGCCUAAACAGAAGAAGAAAUCUCUCAAUCCAAAAGCGCGAGCAUCCAGGAAAGCCAUCGUUGUCUAG